GGUAUCAUGCUAGUGUAUGACAUCACUAACGAGAAGUCCUUCGAGAACAUCAAGAACUGGAUCAGGAACAUUGAAGAGCAUGCCUCCUCUGACGUGGAGAGGAUGAUCCUAGGAAACAAGUGUGACAUGAACGACAAAAGACAGGUGUCAAAAGAACGAGGAGAAAAGUUGGCGAUUGAUUACGGCAUCAAGUUCUUAGAAACGAGCGCCAAAUCCAGCCAGAACGUGGAAGAGUCCUUUUUCACACUGGGAAGAGACAUAAUGACGAGACUCAACAGAAAAAUAAACGACAACAGUCCUCCAGGAGGAGGUGGGCCGGUCAAGAUCACAGAGACCCGGUCAAAGAAGAGCAACUUCUUCAGAUGUUCACUGUUCUAGUGGAUCCGUCCUCUCCUUUCCUUGGACUGAUACAGCCUUUACCUGCCCUGCCGCUUCCCCCUGGAGCUGAGCAGAAUACACCCCCAACCCCUCACAUGGAACCAGGCUACCUACCUAGCACUCCUCCAACCCCUCACCUGGAACCAGGCUACCUACCUAGCACUCCUCCAACCCCUCACCUGGAACCAGGCUACCUACCUAGCACUCCUCCAACCCCUCACCUGGAACCAGGCUACCUACCUAGCACUCCUCCAACCCCUCACCUGGAACCAGGCUACCUACCUAGCACUCCUCCAACCCCUCACCAGGCCUGGCUACCAGGCUACCUACCUAGCACUCCUCCAACCCUCACCAGGCCUGGUACCAGGCUACCUACCUAGCACACCCCCAACCCCUCACCAGGCCUGGUACCAGGCUACCUACCUAGCACUCCUACAACCCCUCACCAGGCCUGGUAGCAGGCUACCUACCUAGCACUCCUCCAACCCCUCACCAGGCCUGGUACCAGGCUACCUACCUAGCACUCCUCCAACCCCUCACCAGGCU